UCUGUUCAUCGUACCUACCCAAAGAUUAAAAUAUGACCUACUUACUUAUCACUAGUAGAUCGUAGCAACCGUUCCAUGGCUCUUUUAAGGCCGUAAAUUAGGUACCUCUGUAACCACUGUACGACGUAGUGAGACUGCCCUGAAGAAAACUUGUGGUACCUACCUCAGAACCCUAUCGCUCAAAGAAAAGCAACUCAAUCCCGCUGCGUGCUUUUCGCAUUCUUCACUUUCUUUCUCCUUCACCUCAUUCAGGUUGGAAGUGGACGUAGAAUUUUCCUAUUGUUUGGCGUCAAAUCCUAUCGGCGUAAGGUGACACCUACCCAUCUCGUGGAGGUCCCUAUCUAAGUACAGAACACCAAAACAAAUCAAGGAUCUCGUCGUUCAAGUUCAAUUUGACAUACCACAAGAUUCAUCACUUGCACAAUUUUGCGAUUGAGCAUCUGCUGUGGCCAACAUAACCGUUGCACGAAUAAUCACAUACCUCCCUCCGUUCAACAUAUAACCAUCACCACGAACGCUUCAUCCCUUCGUCAACUUUCAAACUUCUACCUAAUAUCCAAUUCCCUUCACCGUCGCACAGUAGCGAUUUUAUAUUGCGCCUCUUCCCACAAUUUAUUCACCGAAACGUCGUGGACACAAAUUGAAUAGAGGCACCAUAAUCAUGACAGCACAGAGCCACGAAAUGGACAUGGGAGGCAUGGGUGGCAUGGACGGUAUGAAUAUGUCGCACUCGACUGGAAUGCACAUGGUCUUUCAGAACAGCAAGACUACAUCCCUUUACUCCGAGUCCUGGACGCCAAGCAGCGCGGGCGCCUACGCUGGAACCAUCAUCUUCUUGAUCAUCCUCGGUGUCGUGUUUCGACUACUGCUUGCGGGCAAGGCACUUGCGGAGGAGCGAUGGCUGGAUGCUGAGAUGAAGCGAAGAUAUGUUGUCGUGCAAGGCAAACUCCCAGUCGCCGAACAGGUGUCUACCGACAGCCUUGGCAAGAAGAUGACUCUUACUGAGAAUGGUGUUGAAGAAGAGGUUGUGGUGGUCCAGAAGAAAAAGAGUCAUCUUCGUCCCUGGCGCAUGUCAGUAGACCCCGUACGAGCAAUCCUCGACACCUGCAUCGCCGCUGCCAGCUACUUCCUCAUGUUGGCAGUCAUGACCAUGAAUGUCGGCUACUUCAUGGCCGUACUCGCCGGCACAUUCGUGGGUAGCUUGCUCGUCGGUCGAUUCUACAACGCCGAACAUUAAGGCGUAUAGUCUCAUGGAAGGAGGGAUGAUUGCCGAAUUUUCGUGUUGCCAAGGCGACUCACAUUAAUUUCCCGCGUACGAAACGAUGACACCAACAUGGGAGUUCCGGUUUGCGAAUUUUCAGGACGGUAUGCAUUCGGUUGUUCUAUGUAGGCUGUUGAUUCAGCCUGUAACGGAAAGGGAGGGGCACCGUUCAUGUCAUCAUUGCAGUUCAGAGCAAGGCGUUUAGGAGGGCACGAAAGCCCGCUGGCAUUUGUUACACAGACGAGAUAAUCUAUGAAAACUUUCGCUGACUUGAUAAAGAUCCAAGCUGAUAUGUAAUAGCUUGAAGCCAUGCAUUUAACGAUCCAGUUAGAGAGAUCGGAGUCUAGAAGGGUAAAGUAGGUACAAUAUUAGAUGCAUAAACCCCCUCAAAUCUGCUCGUCGAAUCGGGAAGCCCUUGCCGCGCCCCCACGUUUCCUCCGCAUUGCCCAUCGCCCUCCAGCUUGACCCGUUCCAGGACCCUAGUUCCCUGCUUCCGAGUUCCGGGUCCGA